GAUGCACUGAUCCGGCGGGGAUAGGCUGCAUGUCGCUUUUUGUGCGGCUUUUGGUGAUUUAGUAAGCCAUGACAUGGGUUACUCAGUCCCAUGCCAACACCUACAUGUACUUAUGCUGCCAGGCCUGCAGGGAGCAUCUCGACAUCAUUGGACAGCGAGAUGGCAGGCUGCCGGGUACGUACUGAGUGCAUGUGGGCUGUACACAUGAAGCAGCGCAGCAAACAACAUGAACUAUUAGUCGUCUGCUAUUUUCUGUUUUGGUGAGCUUCAUAGAUCAAAGUCACCAGCCUGCUGCUAGCAGACACCACCGUCCUCCCCCGUCUCCCUUUCAGCACAUUCAGCACAUCGAAGCGACCAUGCAUAUUAUUUUGACGGGAACCGGCCUGGUGGGCGCCUGCGCCCUCGACUUCCUGCUGCAGGAGGACGCUGUGACCAGAGUCACCAUCAUCAGCCGGAGAGCCGUACCACAAGCAGAGGGCCACGACAAGGUCACCGUUCUCAUACAGGAGGACUUGGGCCGUUAUAGUCCAGAGACGCUUCAGCGUCUGUCUGGCGCCCACGGCUGUAUCUGGACGGUUGGCCCGCCUCAGGCAAGCGUGACGCGCGCCGAAUACGAGGCGGCUCACAUUGAUCUACCGGUUGCUGCUGCCAAGAGCUUCGCCACGCUGAACGACAAGUUCAACUUUGUCUAUGUAUCGCACGACCAGAUCCACACACCAAAUUCGCGCUGGGUGUUCUUCCUCGACGUCAAGUCGCAGGCCGAGGAGGUUCUAUUCCAGCUGCAUCAUGACACCAGCAAGAGGCUGCCACUGGUCGAACGGCCGGGGAAGCCGUUGCCGCACGAGGAAGCCCUGCCAUCUCUGCGUAUCUACUGCGCACGCCCGAUGCUCAUUGACUACAGAAAACAUGAGGCUGUCAAGCCCUGGCUCAAACCGCUCACGCUGGGCAAGAAGUGGAGCAACUGGGUUGGCCUGCCAGUCUAUUCCUUCUUCGGCAUGACCUCUAUGAUUGGUGAUUCGCGGGAGCUCGGUAGGGCGCUCGUGGAUCUUUCUUGUGGCGAUGGGGAAGAUAUUCACGUGGAAGGGGUGUCCCCCGAAGGUAGGUGUCUUGGUGUCGUGGGGACGAGGAACUGGUGCAAAGAGCGCAAACCGCUAAAGGCCUCGGGAGGCAAAUAAAUUGCGCACUUUUCAACAUGACGGUUAUGAGGGCUUUGUUACAAUUACAUUCAAGAAGAC